AUGGCUUUUUUCGCCAAGGACCCACGAACGAGUAUGAUGCUGGGUGGCGGCCAGAGGACCACCGGCGCGGAUGUCCGUGCGGAAAACGUUACCGCCGUCAUGUCCGUUGCCCACGUGCUAAAAUCGAGUUUAGGACCUGUAGGCCUCGACAAAAUGAUGGUUGACGAUAUUGGUGACAUGACAAUCACCAAUGAUGGCGCGACUAUCUUAUCACUCCUGGAAGUCGAUCACCCAGCCGGUCGGAUAUUGGUGGAACUCGCGCAACAGCAAGAUAAGGAAGUUGGCGAUGGAACCACCUCAGUCGUCAUUAUCGCCGCAGAGCUACUCAAGAGGGCAAACGACCUGAUCAAGAAUAAAAUCCAUCCUACCACCAUCAUCAACGGUUACCGUCUAGCCUGUAAAGAAGCUAUCAAGCACAUUCAAGACCAACUGGCUAUCAAGGUCGACACACUCGGAAAGGACUGUCUAAUCAACAUUGCCAAGACGAGUAUGUCCAGUAAGAUCAUUGGAUCCGAUGAUGACUUUUUUGCUCAGCUUGCAGUGGAUGCAAUGCUUUCCGUCAAGACCAUCAAUCCUCGCGGUGAACUGAAAUACCCAGUGAAGGCAGUCAACAUUCUCAAGGCGCAUGGUAAAAGUGCAUUGGAAUCAAUUUAUGUCAAAGGUUAUGCCUUGAACUGUACCGUCGCAAGUCAAGCUAUGAAGAAAGGUGUCUCGCCAGCCAAGAUUGCUCUGUUGGAUAUGAAUUUGCAAAAAACUCGAAUGCAUCUGGGUGUUCACAUUACCAUUGAUGAUCCUGAAGAAUUGGAACAGAUCCGACGCCGAGAGUCUGAAAUUACACUCGAGAAAGUUCGCAUGAUUCUCAAAUCUGGGGCUAACGUGAUCUUGACGACUGGCGGUAUCGAUGAUCUGUGCUUGAAAGAAUUUGUCGAAGCUGGAGCGAUGGCCGUGAGACGAUGUAAGAAGGAAGACUUGCGCAGGAUUGCUCGUUGCACGGGAGGGAACCUUGUCAGCUCGCUUGCCACACUGGAUGGAGAUGAAGCUUUUAACCCCUUGGAUUUGGGAGCUUGUGAGGAGGUUGUCCAAGAGAGAAUCAGCGACGACGAACUGAUCUUGAUCAAGGGGACAAAGCUCCAUAGCUCUGCUUCUAUCAUUCUCAGAGGCGCAAAUGAUUAUAUGCUUGAUGAGAUGGAGCGUUCUCUACAUGACUCGCUGUGCGUCAUCAAGAGGACGUUGGAGAGUGGUAAAGUGGUCCCCGGCGGCGGUGCAGUAGAAGCUGCUCUAAGCAUCUAUCUCGAAAACUUUGCCACGACAUUGGGAUCACGAGAACAGCUCGCGAUUGCGGAGUUUGCAGCAUCAAUGCUGGUAAUUCCCAAGACUCUCGCCACAAAUGCCGCCAAAGACUCGACCGACCUUGUUGCUAAGCUUCGAGCGUUCCACAACCUGUCGCAAACUUGCCCGACGGGAGACCCGAAAAAGCAGUUGAAGUACUUUGGUCUGAAUUUAUACGAAGGCAAAGUAGUUGACAAUGUGAAGUUAGGUGUCAUUGAGCCAAUGAUGAGCAAGAUUAGGAUGCUCAAAAGUGCUUUGGAGGCUUGUACUGCUCUUCUGAGAAUUGAUGACCGAAUCGUUGUUCCCAAGGAAGAAAGAGGUGGCGGCGAUCCUCACGAUGAUUGCUAG